AUGGUCUCGUUCUCGUGCGCAAUCUGCCUGAACGAGUGGCACGAUCCCGAGACCCUGCGAUCCUUACCGUGCGGACAUACAUUCUGCGGUACCUGCAUCCAAGAGGUUCUCAAUCGUCCCAACCCUCUCUGCCCUUCCUGCCGCGCGGGUCCCAUCAAACCUUCCCUUCUUCGUCCAGUCUGUGUCAGCGUUGAACCGAGGAACCCUAUAGCACGCGGCACGCCGUCACGUAGACGAGUGUCUGCAAUGUCGAUCGAGAUACUGCCCAACCUCUUUGAGUUCUGCACAAACCUUCAAGACUUCACUCCCGAAUCUGAUAUGGACGUGUGUGCUGUGGUAGACAGCCUGCUCGAGGUCCUCGCCUCGGAGAGAUGUAAUGAGAACGUCAAGAACGUACUCCUCGGUAUGUUGGUGUCGUUCUUGGACACCAACGUGGCCUCCGCAUACGAGGUGGCGCGUAGCGCUCGGGCUGACAACAGUCCGGCCGGCUCCUCAAAGACAUACCCAGAAAUCAUACAAGCGCUCAGACGCGAGCUCCAAGACCUCAAGAGUGAUCUCAGUGCGGACAACAGGCACCUCGCCAAACGCGGCGAGGAUCUCGGCAAACGACUCAAGACCACGCAGGGCAAACAGGAGAAAACUGACGAGGAACUGAGGAACACACGUGAGGAAUUGCGCAAGUCGCGAGCACUUGCGUUGAGUCGUCAGCGCGAGCUAGCUAGCAAGAAACUGGAGGUCGGACGCCUUGAAGACGAAGUGAAGCGUGCUCGCGAGAAGGCUCGCGUCGACGAGAAGAAGUACAAACAACUGAGCACCGACGUCAAUGAAGCCGUCGAGAUACUUAGUCGGUCCUCGGAGCCAUUGAAUGGAUCUCUCUCGUGCCUUGGUUCCACUCGCAGUGGUUUGUACACGGGCUCGAACGCCCGCAAAAGCUCCGGCAUCCUAUAG